CAUAUCCAGAAGGCAAGUACAGGCGUACGUCUAGCGGUCUGAAGCGUCGAAGUAAGUCUGCAGCAGCAGUGCCAUCUCCUCGACUGGUUUCUGGUUGCCUACUGGCUGUAAGAAAGGACGUCAUACACUGCCGACUGCUGUUCAGCUGGACGCCUCGGCGCGGGUUGGACCCACAGAAGUUAGCAUGUCCAUGAGCUUUUCAGUUUAGAAGGGCUUUGAGGAGGAAUGAGGGGGGCAAGUAGCAUGCAUCGUGGCGGUGCCACCGACCGUCUUUAUUCGGCGGUCCGUGCCGCUCAGGAGGAGACCGCGCGAAAUACGCUUGAGAGGAGCCACUACCUUGUAGAGGAGGACAUAGACACGGCCUGGAGCGUACUGGUACCCAACGGCGAAACAUCCGUGACCAAAUCGGAGCUGGUGGACCGGCUGGGGCACUACAUGGCGCAGGUGGAUUUGGGCACCGUCACGCAGCUGUGUGGCGGCGGCGGACUCAUGAGCCUCGACAAACUCAAGUCCACACUGUGGAAGAACGGCGCGCCGGCACAUCCAAUCGACAUGAGCGAGGAGGCGUGGAAGCUGCUGGACCCGUACAGCCGCGGCAGUGUGGGGCUAGACACCGUGUUGCGCAUGCUCACAACCAUCGACGGCUGUGAGAAGUUGGACCCCGACGACAUGCGCGUCAUCCGGCUGCUGCUGGACCUGACGCCCGAGGACUACUCGCUGUCUCAGGCGAAUUGGGAGCAGCUGGGCAGCUGGGCGCCCAAGCUGGAGGUGCUCACGCCCGCACAGCGCAAAUUGCUCGCGUCCCGAGGGUUGGCCACGCCGGGGAAACCGACAGGUCCUGGGGCGGGCAAGCGGACACCGCAGCCGCUUCGCUAACGCUUGUUUGCGGCAGAGAGCUUGAUGUAGCCGCGGCAGGCUGGAAGGUCCUGGCGAGCCCUGUGCCUCAAGGAAGAGGUUGCGCAAGGAUGUAGUCAUGUGUAAUUUGAGGCGGGAGUUAGGUAGGCUUGCGGGAUGGGGCACGCGCACGGCGCUGAAACGCGCUGGGUGACCUGGCAAGUGGUGGGCGUCGCCCGAUGAGCGCAGCAGAAGCUGCUGACUAUCGGUGACCAUAUGCUGCGCAUAUGCCCACUUCGUUCAAGUAACUGAUUAUUAUAACGUUGUGUAACUUAGAGGAGAAAGCGAUCAAGCGUGCAAUAACGUGACUGUUUCGAGGUUGCUCUCAGACUCUUAACCGUUCACUUAGGCAAUGCUUAUCUUCAGAAGUAAAGAGAUAAAGCAACACAGCGUCCAUGGAGGAGCAAGGCGAGGCUUCGCGCCGCGAUGGUGCAUGCUCGCCGUUGUCCUGGCGAUCGUUCUUGGAGUAGACCUUGUCGCUUGUGCAAGUCGUCCCCCGCCGCGGAGG